UUUAUCAUACAGAACAAUAAACCCUUAAAGGUCAUAUUACCGUCCUGUGGAUUUGUUUGUUUUUAAAUGGCGUUUCUUUUGAAUAAUGGAUCGAUUAAAGUUUUAAAAAAAAUAUGUUUGAUCACUAUAACUGCAAAUUUGUAUACUAUAUUUUCAUUAUUAGUACCAUCUUGUCCAAUGCUGAUGGUUGGUCGGAAUAUCUACCCAUUCGAUGUUCAAUUUUUUGAAUCGUCUAUACUUUUCAUGACUGGUGCAUCCAUAAUUAUAGUGGAGUGUCGUGUAUGGCCAAAAAAUAUGAAACCGAAAAAUCAAAUAAUUCAUUUUUUUGGAGAGCUGUAUAUAAUGACGACAUGUAUAAUGCUUGUUUAUAUUCUAUUUUGGCAUCCAAUUGUUGUGAUUGUAUCUAUUUUUACUGAUAAAUGUAGUUUGUUAACGAAUCAAUGGUUGGGAUCGACAAAUCUUUACAAAAAGAGCAUUCCGAUUUGUAUGGGAAAUAUCCGUAGCACGAAGUUUUUAUGCAUUUUAUUGGGCACAUUACUAUUGUAUAAUGCACUUGACAAAUUUGGCGUAAAAGACUUGUAAUUAUAACGAUACUAUUUAUUACCUAUAUUACAAUAUUUUAAAUGAUAAUAAUAUUGUUAUACUAUUGCAGGGAA